UGGCAAUAUGUAUUCUCUCAAUGGUAUAUGGUUGUACACAAACAAUCUCACUGGUUCGAUCCCUACUUCUAUAUGCAAUUUGACUAGCCUGGAAACUCUCAUCCUAUAUAAGAACCAGCUUUCUGGCAUCAUUCCUCGGGAUAUAGGUAGGCUACGCUCUCUUAUAACCUUAGAUUUGGGCAUUAACAAUCUCACUGGUAAAAUCCCUACUUCUAUAUGCAAUUUAACCAAGUCGACCUAUUUAUCAUUUUUCGAAAACAACCUUUCUGACAUGAUUCCUCGAGAAAUUGGUAGGCUAAGCUCUCUUAGUAAGUUAUCUUUAUACAAAAACAGUCUCAUUGGUUCAAUCCCAGCUUCUUUAACCAAUUUGGCUAGCCUGAGCAUUCUUUACCUAUAUGGUAACCAACUUUCUGGCGUCAUUCCUCAAAAUAUAGGAAGGCUAAGUUCUUUAACCGACUUAGAAUUGUCCGACAACAAUCUCAUUGGUUCAAUCCCUUCUUCUUUAACCAAUUUGACUAGCCUGAUCACUCUUUACCUGUAUGGUAACCAACUUUCUGGCACUAUUCCUCAAGAUAUAGGAAGGCUAAGUUCUCUUUCCCUCUUAGAUUUUUCCAGCAACAAUCUCAUUGGUUCAAUCCCUGCUUCCUUCACCAAUUUGACUAGCUUGAACUUUCUUUACCUAAAUGAUAACCAACUUUCUGGCAUCAUUCCUCAAGAUAUAGGAAGGCUAAUUUCUCUUAUGGACUUAAAAUUUUCCGACAACAAGCUCAGUGGUUCAAUCCCUACUUCUAUAUGCCACUUGGCCAACCUCACCUAUUUAUCAGUUGGUAGAAAUCAGCUUACUGGUGUUAUCCCUCAAGAUAUUGGAAAUCUAAGGUCUUUAGAUACCUUAGCUGUAUCCCAGAACAAACUCACUGGUUCAGUCCCUUCAUCAGUGGGUAAUUUGAACAUUUUGACUUGGUUAGCUCUUUUUGAAAAUGAAUUAACUGGUCCACUAGGAUUGAUCAAUAAUCUAACACAUCUAGAAGUAUUGUUAUUGAGUCACAACAAGUUUUCUGGUUAUUUGCCUCAAAACAUUUGUCAAAGCGGAACACUUGAACAAUUUGUGGCAGGUGAUAACACUUUCACAGGUCCUAUACCGAGAAGCCUUAAAAAUUGCACCAGCCUAACAGUUCUCGGGAUUGGAAAUAAUAAACUGGUAGAUAAUAUAACAGAGGCGGUUCACAUUCAUUCACAUCUGUUUUGGCUCAAUGUGGAAAACAAUAUGUUGUAUGGUGAAUUCUCAAAAAACUGGGGGAAUUGUCAAAAGUUGACCUUCUUAUCUUUCUCAAGGAACAAUAUUACUGGUAGAAUACCCUCUGAGAUUGGCAAGUGGAAGAUUUUAAGUGAACUUUUUCUUGAUUCCAAUAACUUGGUAGGAGAAAUUCCUACCGAGUUAUUGAAACUGUCUUCGUUAAUCGAGCUGAAUUUAAGUAAUAACAAGCUUUCUGGUAGAUUGUCUUCUGCGAUUGGAAUUUUGUCCAACCUGCAGUAUCUCGAUCUAUCAAAAAAUAAACUUAUUGGUUCUAUACCCAAACAACUAGAGGAGUGUUCUAAGUUACUGUAUUUGAAUUUGAGCAAAAACCAUUUUGAUGAAAGCAUCCCACCCCAGAUUGGAAACUUGGAUUCAUUACAGAUUUUGUUAGAUCUUAGUUAUAAUGAUUUGAGUGGUGAGAUACCAUCAGAUUUCGGUAAAUUAAACAAACUAGAAUGUUUAAAUUUAUCCCACAACAAAUUUUCCGGAUCGAUUCCAUCAUCGUUUUAUCAAAUGCUUAGCUUGACCAACAUCGAUGUUUCGUACAAUGAACUGAGUGGUCCUGUUCCAUAUAUGAAUGCAUUUAAGGAUGCUCCUGUUGAUGCAUUGGAGAACAACAAAGGAUUGUGUGGAAAUAACUCUAGGGGUUUAAAACCAUGUAGUACUGAUCCUACAAUUGAAGUCCAAGAAGAUGUUAAAGAGGAUGCAAACGAGAGAAUACUGUUUUACGGUGUUAUUUCUCUGGGGUUCGGAGUUGGAUUUUGGGGUUUGUUCUUGGUCCUGGUCCUCAAAAAAGACAAAUGGUGGUUUGGAUAUUGGAGAAUUAUCGAUUCUAUUGUGAUUAGAAUAAUCGCUUUUUGUACUCGAGAAAAUUGAUUGUAAUAAAGUAAAAUCACUCUUGUUUUUUUAUGUUAGC